UUAGGUGUUGUCAUCGUGUUUCUUAGUUUGGUGUGCGUUACACUGGGCGUGCGGGCGGAAUUUAAGACGUUCACAAUGCGACCUUAACGGCAAUUAUUUUUAUGUGUAACGAAUUUCUCCAGUAGAAUAGAGAAGAGAGAGAUAGAGAGUUAAGUAUUUCCAGAAACCAAACAAUCCUAUAUAUUGUACACGAAGGCUAGUUUAGAAGCUACUAGCUAACAACUACCUUUAGCUAUGGAGGAGAAGAAGGAGGAGGGAGAAGCGGAGAUCCAAGAGCACGGCCCCGAACACUGGUUCUCCAAAUGGGAAAGGCAGUGUUUGGCAGAGGCCGAACGGACUGAUCCAAACGAAGAGGAGACGGAACAAAGCCAGCAGAAAUUGUGGCACCUCUUUCAGAAUUCAGCCACCGCGGUCGCACAGCUCUACAAAGAUCGAGUGUGUCAGCAGCAGGGCCUCUCCCUCUGGGUGCCCUUCCAGAACGCCGCCACAGCCGUCACCAACCUUUACAAAGAGAGCACGGAGGCCCGCCAACGGAGCUAUGACCUGGGCAUCCACCUGGGCCACCAGCGCAGGAACAAGGACGUGAUUGCGUGGGUCAAGAAACGCAGGAGAACAAUCAGGCGCGAGGACCUCAUCAGCUUCCUGUGCGGCAAAGUUCCACCUCCACGGACGGCCCGCGCCCCGCCAAGAGUUUCCAUGGUGUCCGCAAGCCGACCAUCGCCCCCGGAGACGGGCAGCUCUGUGGAGACGGACCUGCAGCCCUUCAGGGAGGCCAUAGCACUACAUGGCCUUAGCGGUGCCAUGGCAAGCAUUUCUGUGCGUUCCGGUCCUCCCGGUUCCCCGACUCACCCGGCCCAGUCCCUCAGUCGCCGGAGGAAUGGUCUCCAUGACGUGGACCUCAACACCUUCAUCGCAGAGGAGAUGGCGCUCCAUUUGGAUUCCACAGCCAAUCGUAAACGAGGCCCUGCCCCCUGUAGUGAUGUCAUCACAGACUCACCUACCCAUAAACGUAACAGGAUGCUCUGAACUCUUCCCGAGACCACUAAUCCCUCCUCUGUCCUCUCCUUGGUGGCCGACUGGACAGCUGAUGAGGACUGAUGCCUUGGCCAACCAUUUGAAAUCUUUCUCCUUUUUAUUUUAGUUGCAAUGCUACAAAUAAAGAAACUUAACUUUUA